CCUGGAUCACAAUUUUAAUAAAAACCUUCAACACAAACCACGAAGAUCCAACACUAUUAAUUUUUCCUUUUUUCUCUUCAGUAAAUUCAGCGCGAGCGAAAAAUUAAGAGAUAGAGGAAAGAAGACAAACCAAAUUGACGAAGAAAAAUCGCCGGCGAAUUCACCGGUGAAAAUAAUUACCGGGAACCGGUAGAAGGAGGAUUUCCCGGUUGAAGAGAGAGAAAUAGUCUCUAAACGAAUGAGUGCAGAAAAAGAUGGGGAGCAAGAAGCGGAAACGAGGUUGCGGUGGUGAGAGAAGAAGCAUACAUCCACGCAAUCGAUACGCAGACAAUCCUCCAGAUUUCUCUCUAUUAGCUUCUUUAUACCCUUCUUUCUCUUCCUUUGUUCAUUACUCUCCUGAUGGUCGACCCUCCAUUGAUUGGACUGAUUUCAAUGCUACUCGUGAACUCACUCGUACCCUCCUUCUCCACGAUUAUUCCCUCAAUUGGUGGAUUCCUGAUGGGCAGCUGUGUCCAACUGUGCCUAAUAGGUCAAAUUACAUACAUUGGAUUGAAGAUCUUAUAGCAUCUGAUAUUAUUGAGAAAAACAUUGUUGAUGGUGAUAAAGUAAGAGGGUUUGAUAUUGGAACUGGAGCAAAUUGUAUCUACCCUCUUCUUGGUGCAUCUCUUUUAGGCUGGAGUUUUGUUGGAUCAGACAUAACUGAUGUAGCAUUAGAGUGGGCAGAGAAGAAUGUUAAAAGUAAUCCACAUAUUUCAGAAUUAAUUGACAUUAGAAGGGUUGAUAUAGCUGAGCAUGCCGAUAGUUGUGGUACGAUUCAUUUAGAUGGUAGCACUAGUGAUAAUUGCCGAAAGGGGGAUGACCAUGAUGAUUUGAGUAAACGUGAAACGAGAAAUUUUGAUGAUUCUGCAUUCACGAAUACCGAGGAUAGAUUAGAUAAUGCAAACUCAUUGGUAAACGAACAAAUGGAAGGUAUAAAUGAAAGAAUAAAUGUUGAAGCACAUGCUCAUUCCUCAAGCUACCCCAAUAAACCCUACGUUGAUAAGGGUUAUCUUGGGCCAUCUUUCCUUUUUGGCGUGGUCAAAGAAGGAGAGAACUUUGAUUUUUGUAUGUGCAACCCUCCAUUUUUUGAAACCAUGGAUGAAGCAGGAUUGAAUCCAAAGACUUCAUGUCUAAUUCUUUUAAACCCACUAUACCACCCUUCCGUUGGUGUUUUUGUUAUGCUGUCCACUGAUUUGAUUCCGAAAUUUAUGGGUUUUCAGGGGCUUCAGCGUCAAACAAGUGCUUUUGAUGUUUUGCAGUCAAUAGAAUAUUUUUUCAAUUACUUUGGUGCAUCCUGCAAAUCCAAUGAUUCAGCAUUCUCAGUUGAUGUAAGUUCAUCUGAGAAUCAGUGUGAUACUAUAUUGAAGAUUGAUGUCAAAAUGCUUGAUGAAACUUCUACUUUCCUGCGUAUGAAUGAAGCAUCUGAGAGUGCAAGCUGUUCAAAUAGUCCAAUGAACUUGUCUUUUCGUGUCAUGGUUUUCCAGCAGAUCCCCGGUACACUAUUACUGAAAGCAUCCUUACAGCUGAGAAACAGUUCACUCUCAGGAGUAUUCACAUCUGUGAUUCAACAAUUGGAAGAAUACCUGAAGCACAAAUUUUGUGGCAAGAAACUCUGCUUGUGAGCUCCUUAUAUUGCAGUUGAUCUUGCUUAAUUAAGUGUUUAAUAUUUCAAAUGAAUACAACCAGAAGGAAAGACAAUACUCUAGUGAACCUUACAUGGUAGGAUAGAGUUACAUAAGAAACAUGAUUUGUUUGGGAAUUUGGACAGUAAUCUAUGGACGGAAUCGAGAUUGACAAUGUCAUUGCAUUUACAAAAGCUGAAUCUCUGGACAAGUUUUGAGCAAUUCAUUUCAUGCUAACGUGUUUGUGGGUAGAGGCAGACCGAGCUUCUGUAAUGGCAGUGCCUCAAAGCCUAUAAUGAAACCUGUUUGUACUAAUUACAUGAAGUAUUUGUUUAUUUUUUCGAUGAAAAUUUAUGUACAUUUACAAUUUUGCGGAAGGCUCAGGAAGUCUCAGAUCCAA